AUGUUACUAUCCCAAAGGAAGAUAUCUGCAUCACAGGCAACCGAAAUAGAUUUAGCCGAAAAAUCUGGAAUUCGUCUUAAUGCUGCAUUUGAGCUCAUGGGUAAUGAAGUUGGUGGAAGGGAGUCGCUUGGGUUUACAAAACUUGACCAAAAAAAUUAUUUGAGAACGAAGAGGCAAAACAGUUUAGCAUAUGGGGAGGCAGGUAGCAUUUUGCAAUAUUUUCGUGACAAAUCAUUGGAGAAUUCAUCUUUUUUUUACUCGGUCCAAUUAGAUAACGAGGAGCAGAUUACGAACAUAUUUUGGGCCGAUGCUCAGAUGAUCAUGGAUUAUGGGCAAUUUGGUGAUGUUGUCACUUUCGACACUACUUACAAGUUAAAUAGUGCAUAUGUUUUCCUAUUGUUUGCUCUAACAUUUCUUUAUCUAAAGUUAUGA